AGGAUAUUAUGGUUGUUGUAGACAAUACAUUUAUGUCACCAUACUUUCAGGUUUGUUCAAACUUUGGCAGGUAACAAUGCUUGAAGGUAUAUAUCAGGGGCAGCGGAACGUAAUUUUGUUUUAGGCGGGGGAAUUUUCAAUUUUAAACGACAGCAUGUUCCAUUAAAAUAUUGUUAGUCUGCGUAGUGGCACUACGGGAGGGGGGGGGGUCGCGCUAAAUAUGUCUGUAUAACAGCAGAAAGGUACGCGGGCGUUUCUUUGAGACAAUGUAGUUUUGCCGUUGCGUUUUGUAUAAGAAAAUUGUCUCUUAACAAAAUUAGUAGGGGCUGCCACCCUCCCCCACCCAACAAAAUUAUUUGAGGACCAUUGGCCCCACAGCCCCCUAGAAGCGUACUGUAAAGGGAUGGAGAGCGCGGGCCACUACCCGCGCCUAAUAGUUAUGUUAAAGACUGCAAGCUGUACCAAUGUUUUCAAACCAUGAUGGCUGGAUAGUUAAUUAAAAUUUUAAAACAAUUGAAUUGGAAUUGAGUUAAGGCCAUGAAAGGUUCUGGGUGGACAUACAGCGGGCUUGGAAUAUCCUGACACCUAAAUGUGAGCUCUAACUGUCACAGUUUGUGUCAGUCACGCCAGAAAAACUUUGUAUAAAAACUUUCUCUCUAAUGUAGAAUCCGUUAAAACUUGGCGCUGAUAUUGUUAUUCAUUCUGUCACCAAGUACCUUAAUGGUUUGUAUACGUGAUUGUUUAUUGUGCCUAGUGUAAUGAGUAAAUAAAAUGUUUUUAAAAGCAUUCUCAACACAAUAGAGAGCGUAAUUAUUGCCGAGGGGGGGGGGCGGGUCUGGAUUAAGGGGCCGAUUACAUGGAGCACUUUCAACCCCGGGGUUGAACUCAGCCCUGUUAACUGGGUUGAAAUUUUUUGCGAUUACAUGGGCGAUUUUAACCACGGGGUUGAAAUGCCAUACGUUACGGCAUUGAUUCCCGGAAGUAAAAAAAGCGGGAAAUUUUUCUUGUAAUAAAUAGUCACUACCACGCAUGCUCGAAUAACUCAUGAAUAAUUUUAUCCCGCUGGGUUGAAACGAUUACAUGACAAAGUUUUCAACACAGGGCCGAGUGCUAACUGAAGCAGGGUUGAAAUUUCAACCCCGGGUUGAACUCGGCCCUGGGUUGAAAAUUUUGUCAUGUAAUCACGCGUUUGAGUACAGACAAGGCUGAAAUUUCAUCUCGGUCAACAGGGCUGAGUUCAACCCCGGGGUUGAAAAUGCUCCAUGUAAUCGGCCCCUAAAAACUGUGUUUGUGUCAGUUUGUGGUAGUCUUCAACACAUAUGACAACACAAUGCCGCGAGCAUCCUCACAUUUAGCGUGCUUUAAUAUAUGAGCAUACCUUAUUUUGGUAUCUCAUACUCUCAUAUAUGUAUAUACUAGCGUGCUUAUCAGCAUACCGUAUUUUGGUAUCUCAGGGAGCAGAGGAGUCGAGUUUAUCUACAUAGUAAAAUAAGACAAACACCGUGUUAUACUUCCUCUGUGGUUAAACAUUUUAUGAUUGUAUAUUCGUACUUCGUGUAACAUGAACACCAAAUGAUAUACUCCGCUGUUGUAGAUUAUUGUGGACUCACAUUUCGCUUAAAUUAGACCAGUGAAUUAGACUAACAAUAUUCGUUGCUCUCUCGGGCAGUGUUCGUUAGCUUUUCGGAAAAUACGAGUCUACGGUAAUUCAAGGCAGCGGAGUAUAUUAAUAUUGAAAUUCAUAUUUUGGUAGCCUGCGUCGCAGACGGUGGAUGAAACUUUGGGACGGUAAGUUUAACCGUCUGCGAUCCAGCGACCAUAUUCUUGUUCAUGACCCCCCUGUUUUGCAGUAUUUUGUAUAACCCAUUGAGUCGCAUUGCACCCUGAUGCACCCUACUUUAGUAUUUUACUCUGUCUAACGCCAGACGAUUUUACUCGUCAAGGGGAGAGCGCUGGUGCUUAAUGGAUUAACUGACCUAUCUGCCCGUGUGUCUAGUUACCCCAUUGAGUCGCAUUGCACCCUGAUGCACCCUACUUUAGUAUUUUACUCUGUCUAACGCCAGACGAUUUUACUCUGUCUAACGCCAGACGAUUUUACUCGUCAAGGGGAGAGCGCUGGCGCUUAAUGGGAUAAUCGCCUGUGAUUCACUCUUUCUCUCAGUCGUUCUUAUCUGCUAUCUCAUUGGUCAAUAGAGAUAAUAAACUUACUGUCCCAAAGUUUCACCCACCGCAUGCGACGCAGGCUAGUUUUGGUAAAUAGUUUGGUUUGUAUUCGAUAAUUUUGAUGAAUAAAUACUGUUACUGUGUGCAUUUUUAAUGCACACAUUGGGAUUUUACAAUGAAAUAUAUUACAAUUAACAAGGUAAGACGGUGUUUGUCUUGUUUUACUAGAUAAAGUCGUCUCUUCUGCUCCCUGUGAUGAGCACGCUCAUAUAUGCAUAUACUAGCGUGCUUAUGAGCAUACCUUAUUUUGGUAUCUGAUGAGCACGCUCAUCUAUGCAUAUAUUAGCGUGCUUAUAUGAGCAUAUCUUAUUUUUGUAUCUCAUGGGCACGCUCAUAUAUGCAUAUAUUAGCGUGCUUAUGAACAUAACUUAUUUUGGUAUCUCAUGAGCCAGCUCAUAUACUAGCGUGCUUAUGCACCAAAAUUAGUUAUACCAAUUUUCAGUUGUGUUAAGUAUGUAUUUUAAAUAUAGGUUUAAUAAAAACAGCCAUUCUUUGGUUUUUGACUUAUAAUCUUAGUGUCAAAAUUAAUUUCGAUUCUCACUAAUAGCUAGCUGUGUGAAAAUCUGGAACAUAGCUAUUGCAUUUUUUGGGACACCUUGUAAAUGUUUAAAUUAACACCCUGUAUAUUUAAAAAUAUUUUCCUAUACCAUCUGUAGGUCAUGCAGAUGUUGUGAUGGGAUUUAUUGGGACGAAUGACGACGCCAUUCACGAGAAGCUACGUUUUCUACAAAACGGUAAUUAUCACGAUCGUCAGUGUUUGGGUGUCAUCCUAGAUUGCGGUAUGUCAAGCCCAGUAGCCUAUAGGCUUCUGUUUUUAAUUAAUUUCAGCGCUUUUUCACAAGGGAAGAUUUUCCAAAUGCUAGACCAAAAUUGACCAAACCUGCGAAAGCAGCCAAGUAAAGGUCCUAGACCUAGGAUGCGGUAGGCUAUAUCCAGGUUUUUAAAUAUUUGGUAAGCCCUCAUGCAGGCAGUGAUGAACAAAUUCGCUUUUAAAAGCGAAAGAAUUGCCAUUAAAAUGAGGCGCAAUUAUUCUUGGGUAGGCCAACAAUGAUUUAAUAGACCAUGCGGAAAGUCCAUCACCUUUGGGCUGUGCCGGAGCCUAGGGGGAGCAUUUUUCCUGGUGACAUGUCAUAAUUUAAAUGUCUUCAGACUUUACAUUGCCUUUUACAGUCAUAUGAUUUCGUAACACGUAACUAAUAACAAGUUGAAAGAAUCUAAAGGCAAGUCAUAUAAAUAAUUAACAAUUGUUUUAGUAUUUUUACACAAGCUUUUGUGUUUUUUGAGACUGAAUUUAUUUUAAUUUCGCUUAUUUCUUUGUCAGUAAACUUCCACAAAACGGGUAGCCGCCAUUUUGAAAAUUUCUGUUUUGUUAUAUUCACAUGUAGGUGAAUAUAACAGCUUAUUACGUCAAAUUUGACCAAUCAACGUGUAGGAUUUGUUAUGUUCACUUGUGCAAAAAUACUAAUAUCUAUUAUUAUAUACACAAGGUCUGGAUAUGAGGUAUUCUGCAAUCUGAUUGGUUCUCUACUAGCAGGAUAUUUAUAGCUCUUAUCCUGCUAGUAGAGAAAAAUAAAAUGGCGGCUCAAACUGAAUUUCCAACGUUUUGCGAACGAGAAAACGGCAAGUUGUUCACUUUUUAUAGCCUUUACAGGAUUAAAAACACAAUGAAAAAACUCCCACAAAUUCAUAUCAGCUCAUAUUCAACUCGAGUUCGCAGAAUAACUGUUAAUUAUUUCUGAGCCAAGUUUACAGUUAGCAUGAGGCCAUGGAGCCAACAAAAUGUCCCACAUUUGCUGACACUAAGUAUGCAGUGGUAAACUUAGUAUGUACUUUUGUUUACAACUUAUAUUCUUCUUGCAUUUCUUACCAGCUAUGGGUGGUGUUCCUGGACCAUUCAGUUGCUACUUAGCAUUACGUGGUGUAAAGACGUUACAUUUACGCAUGCGUGAACACGAGAAGAAUGCUUUCGAAGUGGCAAAGUUUUUGAAUUCCUCACCACAUGUUGAGAGAGUGAUUUAUCCAGGUAUACGUAGUUUAACGUCACAACUUUACAAAGAUUUAGAUUAUUUGAAUACGAGAGUGACUGUAAGAUUCGUCAUUUGCGCUAUAUUUUACUGUCACUAUAACAACAAUAAUAACAAUAUACUAGAAAAUGUUACCCAAGCAGUGCAAGAAAUCUGCAACAACAAUGUCAGUGCAACUAAUCCAAAAAUCUGUAACAACUAUACAAAAAUGUUUAACAAACUGUGAUUGGUCGAAAGAUAGUUCAUCUCAUCUGUAAAGACAUUUGUCAUUACAUCGUACGAAUUGAAUCUUGAAAGUGCGUUGCAUACACUGCAUGUAGAAUACAAAUGGCUCGUAUCCCCACCAUUUCAUUUUUUUAAACACUAUAUUUUUUAUUUAGAUUACAGUCGUGCCAAUAGAAGCGUUCUGAAAAAUGUUGACCAAUUCAUUUCCUAACUUGAAGGAACACCUCUGAACAAUUCCUCAACAAUUCGAUAAGUUCCUUAAAAAGUUCCUAACUUCCUGUUUCAUUGACCAAUCAGAUUGCUCAAAAAUAUAAUAUAAAAUUUGAUUGGUGAAUGAAACAGGAAUUUAGGAACUUUUUAAGGAACUUAUCAAAUUGUUGAGGAAUUGUUCAGAGGUGUUCCUUCAAGUUAGGAAAUGAAUUGGUCAACAUUUUUCGGAACGCUUCUAUUGGCACGACUGUAAACAUUAAUUGCUUUAUCCAAUAUAAGUUAGGGGUUGAGGCGCGGGCAACGACCUAAUUUUCGUUGCCCGCGCCUCAAUCCUAACCCUUAAAACCGCCGGCUACGGAGGCUAAUAUAAGUUAAAAUCUUGAAACAUUUCCUUACGCACCCAUGAUAUUCUCCGCCACCCUCCCGUCCACAGUCCUCUGCAUAACAUGUAGUUUUACUUUUAAAUCACUUGGAGGUUCUAAAAUGCAGGCUUGCAGAGUAAUGUAAGUUAGUCAAUGCAAUUAUCAAGACGACGUUUGGCUAAAUUAUUCAGCACACUCUCCAUUGGGGCUUUUCAGUUACCGAUUACAUCAAGUAUUACGCUUACUUAUGUUACUAGGCCUAGACUAUUUAUCUUUACAACAAUUGAGAUAUUACGUUCCUAACUGUGUCUAUCCUAACCCAACCUGUCAAUUUUCCCUGUGGCAAGAAACUGGAGCACCCGAAGAAAACCCACGACUUUCGGCAGAGUGUUGACUGACUCUUUUCACAUGAGUCCGUAGCGAGAAUAGAACCCACGAACUCAGAGGUGAAAGACGCAUGCUCUGACGAUUGCGCCACUGAAUCAUUUCCUGCAAUCUGCAAAUUGCAGUUAAGACUUACCGUGUUUUCGCUAUUUCUUGAUAUCUGAACAACCUGCGAGAUAGCUACCAUACAAAUUAAUACACAUUGUAUAAAUAAUGUUUAUGUGUGCAAUGGUAAAAAUAUUUUCAUGAGGUAAAAGAUCGAAUUUUCCAUUCCACGAGGCGACACCCAAGUGGAAUGGAAAAUUCCAUCUUUCGCCGAAUGAAUUUUUUUUACUAUUGCACGAAUGAAAACAUUAUUUGUUUUAUAUGACACCGAUAUAGAUCAAUCUUGUCGAAUUUUCAUUGAAUUAAAUACUAAACAAUUAAUACCUCAGUUACAUUGUUCAUAUAUAAUAAAAAAAAAUUAAAACGCACCAUUGUCCAUUGCACGCUCAGCAAAAUGGUAGUUUUUAUUCCAUACGACGUUAUCUCAUAUGACCAGAAUUUAAUGAGGUGUUAUAUCAUAGUUGGGAAUAUUGAGAAGAUGCUCGUGUUUUAUUUAGGUUUCGAAUCACAUCCUCAACACGAACUAGCGAAGAAACAAAUGUCAGGUUUUGGUGGUAUGAUCACUUUCUUUAUAAAUGGUAAUCUUGAAACUGCCAAGAAAUUCUUCAAAAAUACCAAG